AUGGCUGCUCCACCACAGUCCUGCUGUCAAGCAUCCAAGGAGGGUUGUGUUUGUGCCGCUCAAGCAAGGUGCUCUUGUGGCAAGGAACAGGCUCUUCACUGCAACUGCACCAAGGCAGAAACCGAAAACGACAUGUCUGGCCCACGUUGUUCCUGCAGAAGCCGCCCGGCUGGGCAAUGUACGUGUGAGAGGGCCAUGUCCGAAAACCAACUUAUUUCCGGUGAUGCAUGCCCUUGUGGAAAGAGGGGGGCUGACUCAUGUACGUGCGAGAAGGCUGUUGACUCUGGAAACCUCCCCGGAGAGAUCGAUUUCACCUACAAGGCGUAA